UUACCCACUUUUAUUUGUUUGUUCGCUAAUUAUCUAUCAAACAAAUUUAAUGGGACAAAAAUGGUAGACUUCAGAAAAAUAAUUAAAAAAAUUAGUGUUCCUAAUUAAUUAAUGUUGGAAUUUGGAAAGGAAAGUGAUAUUUAAUUAACCAGACUUAUCCUCUUCCCUCAAAAAUUCCCAGAAUCUCAAUCCCCUUCAAUAUCCAUUUAACUUCACUGCAUUAAAAUUCAAAACCCCAAUUUAUGAACUAUAAAUAGCCCCAUACCCGAAUACCUAAUUACCCAUUGAAAUUUACCAUGGGAGGCGGUACAGCGAUGAGAGCAGCCACCAAAUACGGCGGAAUAGGAGUUUUAUCAAGCGGUUUUCGUACUGAAACUCCGGUCAAUUUGUCGGCUCGAAAGGUUGUUAAACCGGUUUCAUCCGGUUUAGUUUCUUUAUCUUCGAUCGGCCGUGGUUCAACCACGGGUAAUGUCAGCGUUGAUCAAGCGGUUCGAAAGCCUUCAUGGGAAUCUGCAGGAAAUGAGGAUGGAUUUGUUAUCGAUAAACCGAGAUUGGUUUUUGGAACGUUUCCAACUAUUGAGGAAACUAAGGAGGCUACUUCUGAAGUUACAGAUGCUCUUGAUCAGGUUUAUCUAUCUUCUCCAAAAUCCUUUGGAAUCGUGCAUGAAACGAAGUAUUCCGUCCCUCAGGAGUCGUCUGUGCCUAAAACUGCAAUGCAAGCAUUUCGGCUGCUCAAAGAAAGCCCUGCUGCUCAGAAUGUAGUUGCUUCAAUUGCUUGUGACCCUAAUGUGUGGGAUGCUGUGAUGCUAAAUCCCGAUUUGGUGGAUUUUCUUAAAUCGGGGAAACAAUUUUCAAUGUCCGAAAGUCCUAAGUGUCAUGGUCUCGACUCUUGGAAAACUUCGAUAGGCUCCGCUGCUGACAAUGGUUCUGAAGAGCCUGAUGCUCUAACAGUUUUGUUUGAAAAUGUGAAAGUUGGAUUAACCGACAUGGUUCAUUACUUGACUAAUUUGGUCCAACGCUGGUUUUUGAUCCCAAAUGAGGAUCAAAGAACCAAAUACGGUGAUGAAAAGUCGACCCAGAACUAUAUUGCCGGUGGCUCAUUCAUGGCCUUGGCCGUGAUGGUUAUUAUGGUGGUGGUAUUGAAGCGUUUGAAGCGUUGAAGACGUACUAACAUAUCUCCAUAAACUCUAACUUGUCGAUGCUUUGGUUUUUUUGGUUUCGAGCAAUCGUACUUUUAGGUGUUGUUUUCUGAGUCUAAAGGCAUCCUUGUACGGUAAAGUUGAUGAUGAAAAAUCUGAUUCUUUUUCAUUAGAAAAUGAAUUCAUCUAAAGGUCAAAUCUAACUGUAAUCUGAAAUCGAUAAUUUUGAUUUUUUUUUUUUUAAUAUUUUGUGUAAAUAUUUCGUUGUUGAAGCCUUAAAAGCAAUAUACUAAUCUAUUUUACUAUAAUUCUUUUUAAUGAAACAAGUAAAAUUAUGUUUACGUUUUUUUUCUAUAAAAAAAUAUUGAUAAGAAAAUAAGUUAUCUAAAACCCUUGAUUUAUUGGGUUGAUCUACACUGACUAAGAUCGCAAAUGAUCUAACUUGAAAAUAAUCUGACCCAAAGUCGACUCAACUCAAAAAUAACAAGAGCAAAAACAAAAAAUAAUUCGACUCGAUAUCCACCGUUUUGAUAGGUCUUUAUAUAAGAAGUUUGAGAACCUAUAUUAUGGACAUAUAAAAAUCCCCAAUAAUUUAUUUUGGUUUUGUUUGCAUUUUUUUUAAUCUAAAGACUUAAAAAAAAAAAAGUAAUUGAAUUAAAAAAAUUACUAUAAUUUCUUUAUUUUUGGGUAUAUUCUGAACUUUAUGUUUGAGGUGGAUAUAUAGGACAUAAUUCAAAUACCUACCUGGCUAGUGGCUACCUCACAAAGUAGAUAAAGCUUGGUCCAUCUUCCUUGGAUAUUAAAGUGGUCCAUUUUAUGCUUUGCUAUCUCUAUUUAGGAAGGAUUUUGGUCAUGUUGUAUAAAAGGGACUUGCUCAUCAUCUCUAAACUACAAAAACUCACCCCACAUCACCUACUUACUAACCAAAUCCAUCUACUCUCAUUACUUUGUCAUAAUUCCAAUUUUUCUUCUACAAGAGUUACUCAUAAAUGCCCUUGGUAUCAAAUUAGUAGAAAUAUCCAUGGUUUUUCUGUGUUACCUAUGUAAACACUAAAGAUUUUUAGAGCUACUCAUAAAUCGAAUACAUUGCCAUUAUCUCUCGAAA